AGAUAUUUUUUCAUAAUAUAGUCAAGAAAGACCUUAUUCCUACUUAAAAAAUAUUUUCUUUAAAGAUUAAUGUUACAUCGGUCACUAAUUAAGACAAAUCUACCCCAAAUAACACGUACACAAAAUUGAACCCAGUUUCUCACAUUAUUUCCUCAAAUAAAUCAUGUUUGCGGACACCAUUCUGAUCGUAUUUAUCUCAAUAUGUACAGCAUUAUUGGGAGAAGGCCUCACUUGGCUCCUUGUCUACCGAACGGAGACGUACCAAAAACUAAAGGCAGAAGUUGAUAAGCAGAGCAAAAAAUUGGAGAGGCAGAAAGAAAGCACAUCCGAAAGUGCUGAUAGGAGUCAAAAGAAGAAAUUAGAACGUCAGGAAGAAAAGUUAAAAACUAACAACAGGGAUUUAUCAUUUGUCAAAAUGAAGUCAAUGUUUGCCAUCGGUUUUGCCUUCACUGCCUUGCUUAGCAUGUUCAACUCCAUAUUCGACGGAAGGGUCGUUGCCAAAUUGCCAUUUGUCCCCAUCUCUUGGUUACAAGGAAUCUCACACCGGAACAUCAUGGGCUCAGAUUAUACUGAUUGUUCCUUUAUAUUCCUCUACAUCCUGUGUACCAUGUCCAUCAGACAGAAUGUCCAGAAGAUGCUGGGAUUCGCACCGUCUCGUUCAGCCAACAAACAAGGCGGUCUAUUUAUGCCACCGACAGCACAAACAAAGUAACAGGUUGUUCAAUAGAACUUUCAUACACAUGCAGCCUCGCCUCGAAUUGUAGAGAUCCCUCAUCGGUAUUGAGUGCACCUUCCGGAAAGGACACCGCUGUUGAUAUUGAGUAAAGGGAUAUUUCUUCUUUGACAUUAUUGGAGGGAAGGUUUGCAACCUGGACUUGGCAAUGAUUCACCUACCCACUACAAAAUUGAAUUUUGUAUUCAGAACAGACUUGGUUUCUAUGUGGGAAACCAUAUGGUUUUCACUGAUCUUUAUUUCGAUGUUAGUUGUUGGUUUAGCAAUUGUAACUGACCAAGGGCCUGUGUGUGGUUUCUCCCUGCAAUUGAGUCAGUCCUUCACACUGGCGAGACAUUCCCUUCAUAGCUCUUGACAGAAAGGGCGAUCAUAUCAAAAUAGUUAGCUGGAAACAUUUUUGUAUCAUUCAGGAAUUCAGCUUUAUAUAUGAUUGUGGAGGAAAUAUGACAAAUCGGAAUCUUAUUUUAACAGUCAAAUAAUCAUGUUGUGAUUUCCACUGCCACUGGUCUGUCCUUAAAAUAUCGAAGCAGGGUAUCAAGUGCUGCAUAUAAACAAUGUAUUGGCAACAAAGAUGAUAGCAUGUAAGCCCUGGGUGUCUGUCAUAUACUGGGUAUAUCUUGAAGUUUUGCAGAAAAAUAAUUUCUACACUUCAACAAAUUGCAAACAUCUACCUGGUAAAUACUUUGAAAACAAUUACAUGUACCUCUGGAGUGAUUCAUUUGGUCACUGUCUACUUGUCAAAUUUAAAAUCAUUUAAUUGUAUUUUAAAAAGUUUAAUAAAAUAUUGAUAUUAAC